AUGGUGUGUGGAAUAUGGUACAUCGUGAUGUUGUCAGUGCCUUUGUCUGUCACAGCAACAUUCACGUUUCAGGGAACCAAGACGGCUGAAAUCCCAUACCGCGCGUCCAAGAACAGGUCCCACGCCCUGUUCACCAUAGCCAACAUGACUCAGCCUUGUGGGUUGAGAACAGCCGAUGAGAAUAUAUACGACACGUUGUACUAUAUAGAGAAAAACGCCAAACUGAUAGAGUUUGAGCUGAGUGUGGCAAACUACACCCCACCCACUGCGGAUGUGGACUCUCUGGGCAACUACAGACCGUUGUACUGGGUCCGUGCUCCUAGUAAGCACGGCCAAACUCUUCUCAUGUUGUCCUUCAACUACGACAUCCUCUCCCUGACCAUGCUGACAAUAGGCGUGGCGCCCCUCAACGUCAGUCUGCUCGACUCACCCCCUGGUUGUUUCAGUGAACUCCAGGACAGCGAGAGGAAUGACCUGAUCAGACAGUUUCUUCUCAAGGGUCUCACGACGGAAAGGGAUCGUUUGUAUACCUUCCAGGAGCAAUACGUGUGUAAUCAAAUCAUUCAAAACAUCAGCGGUUACGCACACUUCAUGUACCACUGCUGUCGGUCAGGGGCCGACGGGAAAGUCAUCUGUCUGGAAAGACUCCGUGACGUCUGGAUUACCGUACUCUAUAUCUGCAUUACCCUGGUCAAGCUGAUGGUUCUGCUCUACAGCCCAGUCCUCGUCCCUCAGUCAAUGUACAAGGUCAAGUACAUGGCCGAGGAAUAUGUCGUCAAACUGACAAAGAAGCCACCGGUUAAAGUGUUUAUCUCCGAAAAAGAAGAUGCUCCAGUGAAAUACAAGAAACGGCUCACACCAUCAGAUAUUUUCCCCUGGCGUCAGUUUCGCGAACUCGUCGAGACGCUGCCCCGCGACGAGAUAGUCGACUUAAGGGCACCGGAACUCCACCUUCGCGUGCAAACCAAGAGGCUCUUACCUGAAAACGAGGCACCGACCGGGCUGAUGCAUUUACUGUACGAAAACUUGAUUCGCUGUAAGCUGCGUCACAUCGAACCAUUUACCGAAUGCUGUGGAGAGAGUAUAUUUGGUCCCGCCAAAAAUAACUUGGACGAACGUUUUACCUGGCACCAUUGCUUGGUUAAGUUCAUUCGGAUUCUGCUAAUGCUGGCUAUAAUUCCAAUUCCCUACUUUGCCAGACUGGCCGUGUAUUACAUAUACGAACAAGCAGAGAUUCUUAGACGUCGACAAGCCAUCAAUGUUUCCAAUGUGACCGAGCCAUACAGUUUCUUUCGCGGAAGUCUAUUGCAAUACCUUCAACCUUCUCAUCCUAUAUUCAUAACCAUGUACGUGUUAUACUUUCUCGCUGGAUUUAUUAUUAUUUUUGCUAACAAAUCCAUCAGAUUGCGCUUCCGGGACGUAAUACAGGGCUCACUACGAGACAUGAGUAACGUAUCUCACCUGGAAACUUUCUCGAAGUGUUUACGCUUGAUCAUCUGGCCUUUCAAACGUCUUGGGAUUCUUGGACUGGUUUUAGCACCCUUUUACUGGGCGUUCAUGGUCCCGCUUUCCGUGAUAGGGUUCGUCUUCUAUUGCGUGCCUACUAUAUACAUGUCAUUUCGGCUGGUUUCCUACUCCAGGAACUACGUGGUAAAGGCCCCGGAAGAUGUAGACAAGAUCGAGAAGCUUUCUCUUCGCGAACGUCUGGCAGAGGUAAAGAAUAAAUUCUUGAGGAGGUUCCAGAUGAAGCCAGAAGUGCCCAGGGGAAGCGUUUCUGAGUCAAUUUCUUACCUGGCCCUGCCCAUGUAUUACAGCCGGUGUCAGUUUCUCAGAGAAGUCGUGUUACAACUUUUGGUAGGACUCUCGUGUCUGGCCCUCCUGUAUGCCAUGACGCUUCUCCUGAUGGAAUGCGUAACUCUCUUCGUGGAAGUCGUGUGUUUUACGUUGAUGGGUAUUAUCGUGAACGCUGGUUCGACGUUAAAAUACGUCUCCCUCGUCUUCCUCGUUGUUCUGUAUAGUCACGACUGCUACAACAACGUCUACAAAAACUAUUUGGAAUUCAACAAGAAUAUCGUGGAGGAUAUGAUGAAGCGGGUGGAUGAUUUACAGAAAGUUGCCUGCUUACCAUCCAGUGUUCAGGAAAACGUCGGGUUCAAAGUGAAACCGGUGGACGAAAAUCAAGAGAUAGACACGGAAUUAAAUUAUGAUAAAAAGAAGCUCCGAUGGCAAGUGGGACAUCUUCUUCUCUUCCUAGAUUCGAACGACACGCCGAGGAUCCCUCUGAAGCUAUUCCAGGAACUGUGCAAUGUACGAGUCGCGGGAUGCCCGGGGCCCGUUUACCUCAGUCAUCUUAGGGCCACAGGGAAAUUCAUGAACAUUAUUUUAUUUCUCCUCUUUGUCAUGAUCGUCGUCAUGGCGUUUGGGGAAGUCUACCGGAUUUCAUCAACCAAUCAGAUGAUGGCUACUUUAGCCGGUGGCUUUCUGCCGUGGCUGUUCAAGACAGUUUGGAUAUCCAAAGCUCAGUCGCUUAGUCUGAACACGAUCAGUUUCAAAGGACAAGUUGAUGAAACUAUCAACAGUUUUAAACAGAACUGGGCGUUACAUGACCUUAUUCUGGAGCCCGAUGUGCCCGAGGAGUCUACUCACGGCAGUGACAGCGAGGACGAUUCCGUUGCGUCCUCAAACGAGUCGAAAAAAUCUAAAAAGUCAGAAAAACACAAUGACGAUGACACAAAAGAUAAAAAUCCUGAGAAGGUUUCGGAAAAGGACAAAUCAGGGAGCAUGAAUUCAAACCAUUUGAGUCCUAAUGACGCAAAACAGCCCAAUGGUGAGCUGAAAAAAGCUUCCUCUAUGACUCAAAGUAUGUGCCUGUUAAACAUGACACCGGAAACAGACCUGUUUGUGGACCUGUCUAAUGUGGAGGGGGAAAUGCUGUGGGUUCACGGAUCACACGAGUCGUUGCCGUCCAUAGAGUCUGCUACAAUGAUGCCGGAUGGUUAUAUGAAUGAAGAUUACGUGAAUGAGGUGUAUCCCGUGUGAAACAAAGCGUCGAUGUCACGUAUAUGUAAUAUUCCGGAGUUUUCCAUUCCACAUUUGUAAUGGCUUACCCAUUUCAGACAGCAGCCAGUCAGCAACAAUUUUAUAUCUCUGUCAAGAUUCCCAGUAUUAUUCCAGCAAGUCACCAAUGAAAUGUCUCCUUUCAAAGGAUAUAGCAAAUGUUUCUCAAUAGUCUGACCCAUGUGUUCUAAAGGAAUCAUCGCUCUUUAACAAAAUGACUUUUUAUACAUUUAUUAAUACUUGUAGUUAAAAUGGGUGCAUUUAGUGCCAAGUAGAGACAAAAGAGCUUAUUUCUUUUAGUUUGAAUGAGAAACUGGCUCCUUAAUAGCAGUAUGGAAUACAAAAAAUGUACAGUGAAAUACAAAAAAAGUAUGUAUGAAAUUUUCGGCUUUGCUCGUGCAAUUUUAUGGCGCAUAUAGACUACAUGACAGAACAAAUGGGUUAUUAACGUCUAGGUUUUGGUAUACUGAACCUGUGCAGGAAAGUCAGAUUUUACCCUUCGAGCCAGUGUUUCCGAAUCAUAUAUGAUAUGCAAUAUGACCUCUGCAGAAUGUAAUAAAUGUAGUAAUGUGUGUAUUAAUAUUACAAAAUGCGGAAUUCGAACAAUGUGAAAAAUUGUAUGAUCACCGUCCAGAAUCUCUGCCUCUCUGCUUCAUGAUUUUAUCUAAAUCCGCUUCCCCGGGGCUAUAAGGUCGUGUAUUUGUUGUGUUGAAU